ACACACACAUGCACUUCCUUUAGUAUCUUUAGUGUGUCUAAUUCCUGUGUAGCUAAAAAUGCCCCGGAACUUCUGACCUUCUAGAGUGCUGGGAGAGGGGAUAUGUUGCCACACCCUGUUUGUGUGGCACUGGGGAUCCACCUAGAGCAUCAUGUGUGCGAGGCGAGCGCUCUGCCAGCACUCACUCGUUCCACUGAGCGUUUCCUUUUCUUUUGAGGCAGGUCUCAUCAUGUAGCCCAGGCUGGCCUUGAAUUUCCCAGCAGUCCUGCCUCUGCUUCCAGGGGUUGUCACCACACCUUGCUUUCCGUCUCUUUAGAAGUCUUUACAAAUGAAUGUGGUGACACUGGGGAGUGUGUUUUCAGGUGCAGUGUUCAAAGUGGCCUUCCCGAACCUAGACAGGGAGACCUCAGUUUGCAAAGGGAGAAGAACAGAAAUGGGAGUCUAGUGACUCCACUCCACAGUCAUCCUUUUGGUGUUUCGAGACUGCUCUGGCUGUCCUAGAACUCGCUCCGUAGACCAGGCUGGCCUCGAACUCACAGAGAUCCGCCUGCCUCUGCCUCCUGAGUGCUGGGAUUAAAGGCGUGCGCCACCAAGGCCCAGCCAGAGUUAUGUGGUUUAGGAACAUUCACAGGAAAGGUAUUCAAAUUACCAUUGCAACCCAGCCCUGCCUCACCCCUUCCUUAAUUCUGUUUGGUUUUUCUAUUUGGUCAGAUGUAGCGUGGGACUUGGGAACUCUUGCACAGUUGGAAGGCAGGGAGACAGUUGACUCAUUACUGCCAGGACUCUCCCUUCUUUUGUCCUGAAGCCUGUGGCUUUCAAUUCACUAGGAGGAUGCGACAAGAGUGGCACCCGUGAAGAUGGCCCUGGCAAACUUAGUCAGACAUCAGUAGUGUUAAUUUUCUUCUGCCUGUGCCCUCACCUAAGAAUAAGGACUGCAUUCUGUGCCCAUGAGCGCACGUGCCUUUUCGCUGACAGCUGUGCAUCAUAGUCUCUCCGUGCCAAGGGUAUUCCAAGCUGGAGGCUCUGUGUUAGAGAGCAAUAGAGCGCGCGCUCGCCUGGAGUGCCUGUGGUAGAGUGCCUACUGAGACAUGAAGACUGGGUUUGCCCUUGGGAGCCUGGCCUUGGUAACCCACCUGCCCUUAGUGCUGGCGACACCUAAAACGCUGGCCAUCCCCAAGAAGCUACAACAAGCUGUGGGGAGCGUCGUCGUCAAUGCCACAACGUGCAGUGUUACGUGCGGCCUCGGCUACAGGGAAGAAACCGUCUGUGAGGUGGGUCCUGAUGGAGUGAGGAGGAAGUGCAGGUCCCAGCGCUUGGAGUGCCUGACCAACUGGAUCUGUGGGAUGCUGCACUUCACCAUCGUGCACGGGCAAGAGAUGGAGCUGAGCUGCCUCAGCUCAGACAUCCUAGAGGUGGGGCAUGAAGCUUUCCGCUUCACCUGGAAGCUUGCUCGAGGCAUCAUCUCCACCAAUGACGAGCUCUUCAAACCCUUCCGAGCCAACUCCCACUUUGUGCGAUUCAAGCCGGCCUACGAGUCUGACUCUGGGACUUACAGGUGCGACGUGCAGCAGCUGAAAAACCUGAGGUUUGUCAAGAGGCUCUACUUUGGACUGAGGGUCCUUCCUCCAAAUUUGGUAAACCUGAAUUUCUACCAGUCCCUCACCGAGGACCAGAAGUUGGUAGAUGAGGGCUGGGAAAUUAAUCUAGACAACCAUUCCAAGCCUCACCUCCCAAAGUGGCAAAGGAAGGUGGCGUCAGCCUUGGGCAUAGGGAUUGCUGUUGGAGCCGUCAGUGGCUUGCUGGUGAGCAUUGCUGUCCACACCGUGCUGAGGGAGACUGACAGCAACGGCAACCUGAGCAGCUGAGAGAACCCUUAACACCCGGGAGCUGGCCCGGAGGUGAGUGUCCUGUCCCUCUGAUAGUGAAGUGGCAAGAAGGGCUCCUACAGUGUCCUGUCCCUCUGAUAGUGAAGUGGCAAGAAGGGGCUCCUACAGCCAGAGGUUGGCUAGGAGGCUUGGAGGAUGCGACCUCGCCCUCACCCUGCAGUUCAGGGCAGCAGUGCCCAGCACUGUCUUCUGUUUUAUCAUACCGGGUGCUCAGGAAACCCGCUCACUAUGGGCCUUGCUUCUGUUCCUAGGGGAGCUGUGUCUUCCGAGCUUGCUUCUUUCUGUGCUUUACAGCGUGUGUGCCGCUCACCUCCAUUCCCCUUCUCUGGACAGUGUGUUUGUACCAGAACCUACUAGUAGCAGUUUGGGUGGAAACUUUUUAUUUUUGUUCAAUAAAGAGAAUUCACAGUA